AGUUUGAUAACGUUCGUAAAGUCAGAGUAUGUACUGCAGUGGCUUACUAUUACAGUAUUGUUUCACCACCGUGUCAAAGUGCCACAUAUUGGUAACGAAAAAGCUGGGAAUUAUGUUGAACGUCAAGAAAACAAACAUAUACGUUCGAUCCGGUCGAACUGGACGCACUGUUGAAGAUAUUCCUAGCACAUUUUUCCUUACGAUCACCACCGAAUAAACCUUACCGAUUGCAGAUCAUUCCAAACCACCCGUUUUCAUUCAACUGGUGGAAACUUAUGGCAACGAUGACACUCGAUGCUCUACCCGACGAACCCUAACGUCCGAUGCCUUGUAAAUCAGCAGAUCAAACAGCCUACCGAGCCAACAGCACACCGAGAAGCAGUGGCGAAAAUUUGCCAAAGCCACCACAGUUCUGAAACACUUCCUGAACGAACGAUCGUACGCGGCAGCGAACCAUAUGACAGUGGCGGACACUUGUCUGCUUGUGACCGGCACGGCACUUACUCUUUGGCUGAGCUCUCGCACACAUCUCGUUCGCAUAUUGUGAGAGCAAAAAAACAUCACGUCGGACAAAAACUCUCAUCAUCUACAGGGUUCUUUCUAGAAGAACUGGAAACCCUUGUACCAAUGAUGGUAUUAAAGAGCAAACAGUAAAAUUUGUCAUUUUACUGUAGAUCACCCAUAGAUCAUCCUGCAAACCGCUAUCGCUAUCUGUUAGCGCAACUUCAUCGAGAACAUUCACCAAAUGGAACCAUCCCGAAAAACCCUGCAAUCUACUCCAGUUUGCACAAACAUUUUUUUGUGAGAGAUAACAUUUUACUGGGCAGCUUCGGUACGGUUUGAUCGAUUCGCCGCGCCACAGUGCCGUGUUUGCCAGCGCCGUGACCGAACAACGCACACACAUCCGAUGGAUCUGUACUACCACAUCCGCUCCCCACCAUGCCAGCCGGUGGUGUUUCUGGCCAAACAUCUGGGGCUGGAGCUGAACUACAAAACGAUCAGCAUAUACGAUCCCAAGGAAUUUGAGGUGCUUAAGAAGGUAAAUCCCCAGCACACCAUUCCGACGCUGGUGGACAACGGCCACACGCUGUGGGAAUCGUACGCCAUCCUGAUCUACUUGGCGGAAAAGUAUGCGCUGGACGAUAGCCUCUAUCCGAAGGACCUGAUCGAACGGUCGGUGGUCCACCAGCGCCUAUUUUUCGACAGUGGAUCGUUCCAGAACAGCUCGCUGCAGACACUGCUACUGCACCUCCGCAACAAACCGAUCCCGGAGGAAAAUCUGGCCAAGGUGAAGCGUGCGGUCGAGGUGCUGGAGAUGUAUCUUACCGACGCACCGUACGUCGCCGGCCCCAAGCUGACGAUCGCCGAUUUCUCCAUCUUUGUGAGCGUCUGCUCACUCGACAUGAUGCAGUACGAUCUGACGCCCUACCCGAACAUCGUGCGCUGGUUCGAGAAGAUGGGAACGCACAUUCCGGAUCUGGCCGCGAUGCGCAAGCAGAUUGACACGGAGCUGAGAGCGUUGCUGGCGUCGAUGUAGUGCACCUCGAAUGAAGCGCGAAUCACCGUUCGGUUGUUCGAACGUCCGUUUGUCCGAUCCCAAAUAAAGUGAAUGGUUGCUUCUAGAA